CUGACCGAAUGUGCUUCAUUUGUUGUACAAUCUCUUUCCAUUGAUAAUUUCUUGUUGCUCCUAACUCUCUGGAAUAUGUAGGCUAACAAGGAGUAGCAGGAUUGAUAGGAGGUUCAGGUGAGACUGUGUAUAGCUCUAGUUGAUAAAACAAAGUUCUGGAAAACAAUUGAUGCAACCAAGAUUUGGCGCUGGUUUUGGUGGUUUUUAAAUAGGAUUUAACAGGAAUUUAUGUGGAUUUCGGUUUUCAUUAAAACUACAGACCGUCGCUAAUGGAUGAAGGCACUUCUCAGCCGUAACUAGACCAAACGACUGCUUCCACACUACAGAACCAACCUGGCCAGGCAGGCAGCGUGGGGAUAGAUAGGCCGGAGGAAGAUCAUCUCUUGGAGGCCUUUACAGAUGGUGUCCAUUGCUCCCUGUAGUGAGAUGGAGACAGAGCCCUGCACUGGAGAGCAAGAGAAGCGGGUGGUGGAGACCAAUGAGCCAGAGUUGAAGGAGGCCUACACAGAUCCUGGUGACAAGGACAGUCAGAAAGAGAAGGAACUGUCCCAUGGGCCUCAGCAGGAAGAUACGGAGCCCCAUGGGGAGGGAGACCCCAGGAUAGAAUGCCAGGGUGGAGGGAAUGCUGGCACUACAUUAAACACUCUCCCUAUCCCAGAGAAGACAGAGACCCCCUGUGUGGAAGAGAGGAAGCUGAAGAAGACCCCGAGUUUUGCAAAAACAGUGAGGUUCAGCGAGAUAGAGUCUGUGGAGGACAGGGAGAGCUCAGAGGAGUGUCUCUUCCCAGACCAUGAGAUGGUGCAGUGGAUCUCCUCCAGCUUUGAGGAGCUGUUUCUGUCUGAAGACUGGGAGGACAUCACAGAUGACCGGCUGUUGAGGAAGAAGGUGCUGGCGCCUGGCCCCCAGAAAGCUGAGCACCCAGCCUGGGGUCAGGAGGUCACAGUCAAAAUGCAGGGAGUGCUGGAGGAUCGGAGUGUGGUGGAGAAAGACCGUAAACUGGUGUUUGUCAUCGGAGAGGGAGAUGUCAACCAGGCCCUGGAGGAGUGUGCUAUAGCCAUGCAACAGGACGAGAUCACAUUACUGUUGGCAGAUUCACAGUACACCUAUGGACUUCUGGGAAGGGAGCCUGAUAUUCCAGCCUGGGCCCCCAUACUCUACCAGCUACAACUCCUGAACAUCAGAGAGAAGCCCGACCUCCUGAUUCUCCCCAUCUCUGACCGUAUACGCAUCGGCAACCAGAAACGAGAGCGGGGGAACUUCCAUUUCCAGAGGGAGGAGUACAGCAUGGCUGCCAGGGCCUACUGGAUGGCUCUGGACGUCCUUACUACACGCACUAAAGAUGGUGGAAGUGCUGUGCUGGUGGAGGGGGAGGAGGUGCAGGACUACCGGGUGAAGUGUCUCAACAACCUGGCAGCGGCUCAGCUGAAACUGGAGCAGUACGACGACGCACUACACACCAGCCGGGAUGUUUUGUCCCUGGACCCACAAAAUGUCAAAGCCCUCUUCAGGACAGGAAAGCUUCUGUCAGACAAGAGCGAGUAUGGUGAGGCCAUGGAGAUACUGAAGAAGGCUCUGAAACUGGAGCCGUCUACCAAGGCCAUCCAUGUUGAGCUGUCAAAGCUAGUGAAAAGGCAAUCAGGAGGCAAAAACACCCAGAAGUGGCAAGCCAAACCUGCCCAGCUCCUUGGAGACAAUAUUGCCCCAUUUCUGACUCCUUCUAACAAGAAGCCACCUGGAAUUUCAUGGAAGUUCCUGCUUGGUGCUCUGGUGGUGGCCUUGGGCAGUUUAGUGACGUCAGUGGUUCUGACUGCAAGAAACUGACGUCCUCUGCAAAGGAACUGUCCAGCUCAUGAAUAGUAAACUGACUUGUGUCUGCUGUGAAUAAUAAAUAAACUGCACUGAACUAUGGAAAAACCUGUAUCAACGUUCACUGACAUACUGUAGCAGCACCGACAUUUGCACCACAGAUUGUGUUUAUUUAAGUGUA